CGGGAACAACCGUUACUCAAAUUGGCGGUUAAAUAUCACAUAAACAUUGUUUGUACUUUUUGUUUUCUAUUAUCUGGACAUUGAUAUAUCCUCGAAAUGUAGGAUGUGGAAUAAACAGUGUUGACAAUCAUUUAACUAAUAAUAAUCAUGAUAAUAUACUGUUGAAUUGGACAAUACACAUCAAAAUGACCGAAAAAUCAUUCAAAAUUAUUAAAGCUAAGUUGUUAGAAUGCAACAAGUUACCAGAACCAAUAAAAGACAUAUUAAAAAUAAUAAAUAACAAUUCAUUAAAAGACUUAGAUGAAAACAAUUUCAAUGAGUUAUGGAUUUUGAUACAUGGUUUUGUUAAGGAAAUUACACUAGUUGAAAACCUUACACAGGAUGUAGAGUCGUUGUUAUGUUAUCAAUCCAUUUUAAACCUUGUCAACUAUACUAUUACAUGUGCUGAUGAAGACAUAAUAAGUGUAUAUGAACAAAAUUAUUUUUAUAAAACUAUACUGGUAUUUCAAACUUUUUACUCUACAAAUCUCAAGUAUAAGUUUAAAUUAGAUAUAGUAAAAAUGUGCUGUUGCUUCUGGCAAUUAGUAACUUCUUCAUCAACACGAAAUGGAUCUGUCAAUGUAAUCAAUUUGGACUUAAUUUUAACUGAAAAUUUUGUUUUUACUUUUAACUACAUAUUUGAUACUAUUAAAGUGACUACAAAAAAAAUGGAUAUGAAAGUUUUAUCUACUUUACUGUGGGAAUUUUGCAAACUUAUAAGCACUUUAUCUUCCAAUAUAAAUGGAUUGAAUUUAAUAGUUCCCAAUUUAAAACAAUUAAUGAAGUGUAUAUUGUUUUUGGAGACUGAAACAGGAAAAUUGGCUAUAGCAGAUAUAUUUACAUGUAGUCAACAACUAUUUCAUAAAUUUCAUCAAACAGUCAAACAAAAUUUACCAAAAGCAAACAAAUUAGAAGCUGAAGCAUAUGGGGAAAUAUACUUUAUUGCAUGGAUAAAUUCUAAUUCAUCCAUAAAAGAAGUUAUUGAAGAAGAAAUGUUUGACUUAAUAUCCAAAACAUUAACAUUACGUCGCACAGGUUUAGCUUUUAAUACUUAUCGUAAUGCUUUAAUUCUUUUGCAAAGUUUGCAAAAUCACAGAAAGCAUUUAAUGUUCAGCAAAGUAAUAACCAAGCUAUAUUCUCCUGUUAUUUGGAGACAGCUAACGAGUGAAUUUAGUGUGGUUAGAUGCAACGCUACUGAUAUUUUAGCAAGAGCUUAUCCUUUAGAAAAAAGAGGAGAAGGUCGAGAAGUAUCUUCAAGGUUUUUAAUAAAACAACAAAAUGCAUUUUUGGAUUUAUUAGUGGAUGUUUGUCCUCAAGUUCGAAUAGCUGCUAUAAAAGGAAUUUGUAGCUGUAUGAGAUAUUUUUGGAAUUCAUUUGAAGAUGAUCAAAUAAUUGAAUGUUUUAAAAUAUUUAUACGUUUAAUUGAUGAAAGUAUAUUUGAAGUACGGAGGGUUUUAUUCUAUGGAUUUUGUCAAUUACUUGAAGAAUUUAAAUCCCAUAGUUAUUUUAGGAACCCUUUUCUUAUAACAAAAAUGAAAAAUACAUUUAAUGAUGAGAAUGAAAAAGUUCGACGUGCUUUUAUACAUCUCCUAUUGAAAAUAAAAAAGAUUGAUUCUCAGGCAGAAGAUUCCAAAGAUAAAAUCAACUUUACAAAAAUAGUUGAUUUAAGAGAUGUUGCUUCUGCACUUGCUCGUGAAGAUAAGCAAAAUGGACUUUUACUUGUUGAUUUAAUUUUUGAUAAUUUUAUUGGAAAGAAAGUAGAGGAUAAGCAUACAACACUUAAAAGAUUUUAUACGUUUUAUAAAAUUAAUCCCAGUGCUUUUCGUAAACUGAUAAUUUAUUCAGAAAAACACUUAGACUUUAAUGGUGCUUGCAGACUUAUUUUAUCACUGUUAAAAACUAUGUAUGGUGCACUAAAAAAAAAGGAAGAACGCUUAAAAAAUAUAGACAAAGAAAAUGAUAUGCCCCCAAAAAGGCAUAAAUCAAAUGAUGAUUCUGAUACAGCCAAUGAUACACAAAAUUCAUCUUGCAGCUCAUCAGCUAGUAAUAAUGAAAUAGAACAAAAUGAACAUAAUAAUUUAUGUUGUAUUUUGGAUUGUGUAAACUGCCUUAUGAUACUCCAUCGUAAUGAAUUUAGGAAUGAAGAAAACCAACAAAAAAUAAAAGAUAUUCAAGAUUCUUCUGUCACAUGUUUAAUUAAAGUAUUUAAGUUCUAUAAGGAAGGUGAUACUUACUACAGUGCAAUUAGCUUAGCAAGUUUAAUGCCUAUAUCGAAAUUGAGUGCUCAUGUAUCUAUAACAAGCACAGCAUUAUCCACCUUAAAACAAUUGCCUUAUGAUAUAAAACACGCAGAAGAAGAAAUUGAUAUGAGAAAAGUUAGUGUUCUGGUUUAUUCAUUAUGCAUGUGGAAACGAGGCUAUGAAAUACUUCAAUUUGUCAAUGUUUGGUUUGAUGAAGCAUUCAAAACUUUAAAUCUCAAUGAAACUCAAUACCCGGAUUCUAAAACUGAUAGAGGAAAAAGGGUCAGAUUCAAAAUAAAUUUUGAUGAAUGUAAACCGAUGACUGGUAUCUUAUUAAUAAACUCAAUGCUUACUAAUUUUCAAACACAAAAAACACUUACAGAUUCCGAAGUCAAUAAAAAAAAUACCUACGAACUUUUCUUAUACCUGAAGCGUGUUAAAGCAGCAAUUGAAAACCGAAUAUCUUCAGAUAAUGUUUUAAGUAACUUAUUAUCAGAUGAAGUUUUAAUUGAGUUAUUUUUAUUACAUAAUCGAUUACAUAUAAUUUAUCAUAGUCAAGAAAAAGACGUUGAUGAAAUUAUAAAGUAUCAAACUUCUAUUUUAGAUUGGGUCACAAACAAUCUUCUUAUUUCUGAUUUACACCAUAAAGAUGAAGCUACCAUUAAAUUUGCUGUUAAAAUAAUAGAAAUUGUUAAUAAAAUAACAUUAAAUAUGUGUUUAAUGACUUUUGUGAAUACAACAUAUCUGGAUGAUUAUAUUACAUUUUGUGCUACUGUCUUGCAUAAUUAUUUAGGUCCUUGGCUUUUAACAUCAAUGAUUGCAACUUUAGCACAUGUCUCAAAAUAUUUUAACUAUUUAAAAUACAUGGAUAAUCUUUUCAAUGAUACAUCAUUACUGACAAAUUGUGUCUGUAGUAUUAUAUCAGUUCUCAGUGAAUCUAAGUUUAAUGCAGAUCGUUUUAUUAGUGUUAUUGGGGAUCCAAAAACUUUUCGUAAUAACUUAAUUAUGCAGAUUUUGGAAAUUUAUAAAAUUAAUACAGUGGAAUUUAAUCAAGUUUUUAUGACACUCAUUGAAACUAUAAUGAAUAUUAUUGCUAAUCAAAUUCGAGAAAUCGAUGAAAUUGAUUUAAAUGAACACCUCACCGAAAUGCCAUUUGCUAGUUAUCAGUUAGCAGCAAUGAUUUUAAGCAAUGCAAAAUUAAGAAAACAUUUUUCAUCUAAUGCAGUUGUAAUAUUCUCAUCUGAUGUAUUUAAAAAUGAUUGUGUCUUAUUGCUGUCUGCAAUAUCUUAUGUAUAUACUUUAUCAUUUCAAUUAAGUAAAACAAUAACAAUUGAUCUGGAACCAGUUGUAAAACUGCUUUAUAAAAAUUUGAUGGAGCAUGACAAAACUAGAACUCUGCUCGGUGAUAAUUGUACUAUAAAUAAUACAAAUGCUAAUCGAGGCGUAUCUAUUUUGGAAACAUCUAACUUCAGUAAUGAAAUAACAAAUUUCAAACAAAAAGGACGCAAUGUUUUAAUCGCAACUGCUAAGCAAUUACAUGUUACUUUAUCUGAGUAAUACAAUUAAGUUUUCCCCUUAACAAGGAAAAAUAUUCUUAUUUAAAAUAAAACAAUGGCGAAAUCAUAUAGUGUAUUAUAUAUAUAUAUUUAUAUAUAUUAUCAUGUUUAAAACCAGCAAAGAAAUUUAUGUUUGCUAAUUUAUAUUAAACAUUUUUUUUAUUAAAUUUAAAUAAGAAAUAUUUAGAAAUUUACCAUGUAUGAUGAUGUAAUGUGAUACUCAGGUAUCAUUAAAAUACUUAUAGAACAAAAUACAAUAUUUUUUUAGCAUUACUUUAAUUAUUUUUUAAAAUUUUUUUUAUAUAAAUUCAUACUUUAUUAUUUUUCUAAAAAAAUGUAUGGUAUUAUAUUUUGACAUAUUAAUAAAACUUUACUUAAUUAACUUAUGAACAAAAAUGUGAAUUUUUAAUAAGACUUAUUUGUGUUAAAAGAAGUGUACUUUUAUUUUACUUCUAAAUAUUUUGAAUCUUACAUUGCAAUGUAUAAUUAAAAAUUAUAAAUACUGAUAGGCUAUAAUUACAAUAUUAAAUGUAUUUAAACAUUUUUAACUGUAAUAAAUUUAAAUAUAAACCACAGAGGUGAAGACAAUAAACAGCGCAAUUCCAUUUUGAACGACAUAGCGUUAUUGUAUAAAUGUGUUUGUACAAUAUGCUACUUUGAUUCGUAUAACCCAAAUCUAACAUAUUGGGAAUUGUAAACUAUUUAUGUUAGUUAUGCACUUAUCGUAACACUUUUAGAUGGAUUUUUUAAUGUACCUUUUCCUCUGAAUCUUUUAAGCAAGUAUCAAAUAUAUGAUGUUUUUAUUUGAAUGUAUAUAGGCAUAUAGCAUAUCAGCUAAUAUAGAAAUAAUAUGUCAAUGUAUUCCCAUUCUGCCAUAUCUGCCCAAGCAGUACUUGCACUACUUAUGUACAGUUCUCAUUACAUGACAUUGUACACUAUUUAAUUAUAAAUAUUAUGAUGUUGUCAUUAUAAAGUUCUAUAAUUGUGAUAAAAAAUUCUGUACAUGCUAUUUAUUUUUCAAAACUUUUUAAUUACCUGUUAUACUUUUGUCAUAGUUAUCUAUAUCCUAGAAAUUUAAUUUUUAUUUUUUAAAUAUAUUUAUAAUACUAUUGUAA